GAGAAAAGGUCAACAUUCAUACAGGUGGAUGUUCACAUGAGAAUCUGAGCUGAGUGGACAUGGUCACAGUAGAUCUUAUUCUCGCCUCCAAACCGAGUGUCAGCAGACUCCCGGGCUCAUGGACCCACUCUCAGACCCGCAGAGUGUCGGUGACGCUGGAGGCUCGUGUCCGCGUGUGUGAAUGUCGAUCCACGGCUGAAAGAGGCGCGUAAAGACGCAGGUCAGACCGGAUCUCUGCUCCCUCUGGGCUUUUCGUCUGUCGGCUCUCAGGGAAGUUUUCCUCGAGCUCGGAGAUCACGUUCAGCAUUGAAACUGAUGCUGCUCUGAGAAGUUCAACCUUCCUGGUGAUUGUUCCAGACUGAUGACGACCAGCUCCUCGGAGCUCCGGUGUUUGCUCCAAAAGGCUGCAGGGCUUCUAUCAGGCUCCUUAAUCUGACAUCUCACGAAAAGACUCCUCCACGAUGCUGGCGGCUCCAGUGAGCCCCGCCCACCUCAAGUAUGUGUCUCUGGGGGUGCUGGUGCUGCAGACCACCUCGCUGGUUCUCACCAUGCGCUACUCCCGCACCCUGAAGGAGGACGGCCCCCGUUACCUGGCCUCGUCUGCAGUGGUGUCAGCAGAGGUGCUGAAGAUGUUUGCCUGCACCGUCCUAGUUCUCGUGGAGAGCAAUUACAGUUUGCAGGAAAUGCAGCAGCUGCUGAAAGAGCAGAUCGUGAAGAAGCCGGUGGAGACCAUGAAGCUGGCCGUGCCUGCAGGGAUCUACACUCUGCAGAACAACCUGCUCUACGUCGCCCUGUCCAACCUGGAUGCAGCCACCUAUCAGGUGACAUAUCAGCUGAAGAUCCUCACCACGGCGCUCUUCUCCGUCUCUAUGCUGGGGAAGCGGCUCAGCCUCUUCCAGUGGCUGUCUCUGCUGCUGCUCAUGGCCGGAGUCACUCUGGUGCAGUGGCCCACAGAUUCAGAGGGGCACACCGAGGAGCAGAAGGUGCUGACAGCUGGCUCUCAGUUCGUGGGUGUCAUGGCUGUGCUGAUGGCCUGUAUCUCCAGUGGUUUCGCUGGAGUUUACUUUGAGAAGAUCCUGAAGGAGACGAAGCAGAGCGUGUGGGUUCGCAACAUCCAGCUGGGUUUGUUCAGCUUUGUGUUCGGCUUCGUGGGCAUGUUGGUGUACGACCGCCACAGCCUGAGACAGGCCGGGAUGUUUCAAGGCUACAACUCUGUCACCUGUGCUGUGGUUGUCCUGCAGGCUGUGGGCGGGCUGGUUGUUGCCGUGGUGAUAAAAUAUGCUGACAACAUCCUCAAAGGAUUCGCCACCUCACUGUCAAUAAUUGCAUCCACGCUUAUUUCCUAUUUCCUGCUGGAGGACUUUCACCCUACAGGGGUUUUUUUCCUGGGCGCGCUGCUGGUCAUUGCUGCCACCUUUCUUUACGGCUACGAGAGAAAACCUGCCAGCAUCGGCGCCAUCAAAGCAUGAGCAGCCCCGCUCAGCGCAGGACUCUGGCACCAGGACAUUUCAGGAAAAGUUGAACCGACUGCAGGGAGUGAAUGAGCCUCUGUGCUGAAAGGACAGUGUGGGGCUGGAUGUGACUCCUGAAACAUGGACGCCGCAGAGAUGUGCUCUGUGUUCACGUCUCUGCAGGAAAACGGACACUUGGAGAAACAGCAGGAGCUCCACAUUAAACUGGUUUAUCAGGUACUCGCGUUGAAUUAAAUGGAAACUGGGAAUGAAGCUAUAGGAAGAGGGGGGUGUAGGUCAUGCUGACAAUGUCAGAAAGGAGAGCGCAGCUUCCAUCUAGUGGUGGAAUGGGGAGCAGGACUGCUGCAAGGAGGAGGAGUUUACUUUGAUGCACAAUCUUUUUGUUUUUUAAUUGAAAUAUGAGAUCAAAACGCCCUGAAAGGGAUGCUGGGACCUUGCUGCUCUUUGAUCAGGGUCUCCAAAGACUAUUUUCAUGGUAUUUAUAUGCUAAAUAAAGCUCUUUAAUAAAUGAGUGAA